AUGGGGGCUGAACAGUCCUCAAAUUCGGAAUCACGCCGAGCCGACAUUGGGACCAGCCAAAGAACAUGCUACUAUGAACUCUUGGAAGUUGAAAGGACUGCGACUGACAUUGAAAUUAAGAAGGCAUAUCGCAAAAAGGCUUUGGAGUUGCAUCCAGAUCGCAACUUCAACAAUGUUGAAGCGGCCACGGAAAAGUUUGCAGAAGUUCAGGCUGCAUAUGACAUUUUGUCUGACCCCCAGGAAAGAGCCUGGUAUGACUCUCACCGCGAGAGCAUUCUGAGUGGGCAACAUGACUCCAACGAUGCAUCUGCGCCUCCAACUUUUCAUAAUGUUCAUCUUACUACUGCAGACGAUAUUAUGCGUCUCAUAUCACGAUUCAAUUCCACCAUUCCAUAUACUGAUGAUGUUAACGGCUUUUACUCGAUCACAAGAGAAACAUUCGAGCAUCUCGCUCAAGAGGAGGAGGCUGCUGCUGACUACGAGGGUGUUGAGUGUCCUGAGUAUCCGACGUUUGGCUCAUCCAACAGUGAUUACGAUCCUACUGUGAAAUCCUUCUAUGCCAUCUGGGCUGGGUUCGCUACCAAGAAAUCAUUCAUGUGGCAAGACAAGUAUCGCCUCUCAGACGCCCCAGAUCGCAGGACCAGGCGUUGGAUGGAGAAAGAAAACAAAAAGCUACGAGACGAUGCUAUUCGAGAAUUUACCGAUGCUGUUCGGUUCCUAGUCUCCUUUGUCAGGAAGCGGGAUCCUCGCUAUAUUCCAAACACUCAAAGUGAAGCAGAUCGUCACAAGUCUCUCCGGACCGCUGCUGCUGCGCAAGCUGCUCGGUCUCGUGCAGCAAAUAAGGAAACCUACUCCUCAUUUGACGUGCCAGACUGGGUUCACUCCAGAGAGGAUGAAAAUGAGCGCCACCAACCUUCCGAGUCUGAAGAGUCCGAGAUUGAAACGGAGAUUAUGGAAUGUGUGGCGUGUAACAAAAGAUUCAAGAGCGAAAAGCAGUUUGAAUCCCAUGAGCGCAGCAAGAAGCAUAUCAAGGCUGUUCAAGAUCUACGUCGACAGAUGAAACGAGAAACAGCAAACUUGGAUUUGGACGCAACAUCGGUCGAUGCACCCGAAGCAUCUUUGAAUGGAGAUGAGGAGCUACGAACUGCAAGAGUGAAUGAACAGGACUAUGAAGCGAAUGAGGACGAUGUAGUGAAUGCUGAGCCUUUGCAUGAGAGUCAGCAUGACGCAGCCACUGGAAAUGGAGCAUCACCAGAUCAGAAUACACCAGAAGCGGACCAGGGCGAAAGCCACGGUGAAGAAGAAGAACUUGAUCAGUCAUUCCACAGGCUGAAUGUCCAGUCGACCAGUGACCAACCGGCUCAUGACAAUCACGACGAGGGGGUGCAUGACAAUUCAUCCAAACCACCGCAGAAAGUCUCCGCUGAUGAUACGAAGCCGAAAAUCAAAAUUGGAAAAGCAAAACUCAAACGCCAGAAAAAAGCCGCUGCUGCUGCGGCAACCGAAAACGAGCAUCGAUGCAAUAUCUGCACAGCUGAGUUUGACUCUAAAACGAAGCUAUUUAAACAUAUCCGUGAUUUGGGCCAUGCUGCCUCCACUGUCAAGCCUGGCGGUGCCGGAAAUGGUAAAAAGGUAUAA